GAUGUUAUCGUUCUGGCAAACGAAACUGACCCUGAUUGCACUCAUCCAUAUUGGUACGCUUGUGUUAUUGGGAUUUUCCAUGCCGACGCAUGUUACAAUGACCCUGAUGGUGCCAUGGAGGACACGCAUCGCUUCCAAAUCGACUUUUUAUGGGUUCGCUGGUAUGGUUUUGAUGGGAAACACAAGUCUGGUUUUACGGCAAAAUGUCUGCAUUGGGUCGGAUUUGUGGAUGGGAGCAACCCAGAGGCAUUCGGUUCUAUCAGUCCUGCCAAUGUCAUCCGAGCAGUACAUCUUCUGCCUGUCUACCGGCUUGGGACUACUUCCGAUUUCUUGGCACCAUCCAUUGCACGACAGCCGAAUGAAAAUGAUCAAGAUUACGAGCGAUACUCGGUAGCCAUGUGGGCAGACCGGGAUAUGAUCUAUCGAUAUUGUGGACUAGGUAUUGGACAUAUAGCUACCUGGGAUGCGACUCGGGUGUUCCGUGAGGACUUGUGGAAGGCUUUCAAGCUUCCGAAGGAGCUCCUUGACCCACUGGACCUUGCAGAUAUGGAUCUCGAUUAUGUCUCCGACAAGUCUGAAUCUGAAUGCAAUAGCAUAUCGACUGCACGAGAUUCUGACAGCGAGGGUACUACGGAUGAAGAACUAGGCUUGGAGAUCGAUGAUGAUGUCUGGGAAACCGAUUCUGAUGAUUGUGACGUUGACUACAAUCUAGAUGCUAGCGAUUUGGAUGAUGCAGAGGAUGAGCUCGUCGCAAGUUGUGAUGAGGAUGACAACGAGAAUGACAAAGGGGGGGGGGAAUGAUGUAGAAAGUCUAGGUUAUUCUUUGUUAUAGAUUAUCUGCAAUCGCAUUUUUCGGAGUCGCUGCCCC